UGAUGGCCUUGAAAUCCAUUUCCUUCUUCGGAACGAGAAUCCUCUGACCACUGACGCGUGGCCCAUUCUUCCCUUCAUCAACCACGCGGCGCCGGAGCGAGCCUCCUCUAGUCUAGCGCCGCCUAGGGUUUCUCCUCCGCCGUGUCGUCACCGUCCACGCGCCAUUGCACCAUCUCGAUCGCGCGUCCUCCCUGCCAUCUUGCAGCUUUCACUGAUUCAGGACCAGGUACCCGUCACUAUUAUGCUCCCGCCGAGCGAUGCGUAGAAGUCGCCGCUCGCAGGUCUCGCUCUUCCCUACUUUUCCCGCCGGCCCGCUGUUCCAGGCAAUGGCCAAACUUCCGGUACUUGCACGCAGUUCCAUCAGGUCGAAGCCUAACGAAAACAUGAGGCUCGUUGUAGUAACGAUCGUUGGUGCGGUCUUUGGAUUCCUUAUCGGAAUCUCGUUCCCGACAGUUAACAUAACAAAACUUCACUUUCCAUCUAGCAUCGUCUCCUACAUAGAGGACAAGAACUCUGGCAUCUCAGCUCAAGCUAUACUUAACCAUGCUUGGACUGCGGCCAGGAACGCAAGGGGAAAUGGCUCCCAACCAAUCUCACUUGACAACUUCAAGGUCUAUGUACCAACAAACCCCAGGGGUGCAGAGAGCCUAGCGCCAGGUAUUGUUGUGCCAGAGUCUGAUUUUCAUCAGCACAGGUUAUGGGGGAACCCAGAUGAGGACCUACCCUUCAAGCCAAAGUACCUUGUUACUUUUACUGUUGGCAUUUCACAGAAAGAUAACAUAAACAGGGCUGUCAAGAAGUUUUCGAAGGAUUUUGCAAUCCUGUUGUUUCACUAUGAUGGCCGGGUGACUGAAUGGGAUGAAUUUGAGUGGUCAAAGCGAGCUAUCCAUGUAAGCGUCCGGAAACAAGCAAAGUGGUGGUAUGCUAAAAGAUUCUUGCACCCUGAUAUCGUGGCAGCCUAUGAGUACGUAUUUAUCUGGGAUGAGGACCUUGGAGUUGAUCAUUUUAAUGGAGAGGAGUACAUUAAACUUGUCAAGAAAUAUAGACUAGAAAUCUCACAACCUGGUCUAGAGCCAGAUAGGGGAUUGACAUGGCAGAUGACCAAGAGAAGAGGUGAUCGUCAAGUUCACAUGGUUACAGAGGAGAGAGAAGGCUGGUGCUCUGAUCCUCAUGUCCCCCCGUGCGCUGGGUUUGUUGAAAUAAUGGCUCCAGUUUUCUCCAGAGAUGCGUGGAGAUGUGUCUGGCAUAUGAUUCAGAAUGACUUAGUUCAUGGAUGGGGUCUCGAUUUCGCUCUCCGGAAAUGUGUGGAGCCUGCUCACGAGAAAAUCGGUGUCGUUGAUUCCCAAUGGAUUGUACACCAAGUGAUUCCUUCUCUCGGGAACCAGGGGCAGUCGGAGAAUGGGAGGGCGCCAUGGGAAGGGGUAAGAGAGCGUUGCCGGAAAGAGUGGGGGCUUUUCCAGACAAGAAUGGCAGAAGCUGAGAAAGCAUAUUACGAGAUGAUGGGGAUUACACCUCCGAAUGUAACAUUUGUCUCCUAGGAUAAAAGUUUCAACCCACAUUUUUUUCCUUUGUGUCCAGCAGUGGCUCUUCGAAUAGAGUUAGAUAUUGAUGAAUGGUACAAGUAGAUCAUACGUGACGAUAUAUAUACAUAUAGAUCCUUUGAUCCUUCUUCCUGUGUAUUUAUCGCGGGCUGUUCUCACUAGGGUUCUGGUGAAAUGCGAAUGAUAUGUCUGUUCAGUUUAGAGCUUA